AUGCUAUCGGUUUGCUUUAUUGUCGCAAGUACGUGCUUUGCAUCUGAGGCCGUCGAUGCUAGAAAAGAUGUCGAGGAUAAGUUGAUUUUUUUGCGCAAAUUUCUCGAACAUUUGUCGGCUAAAACCGUCAACUACUUUUGCGACGACAGAGAAAACGGUGUGACUGUACAAAAGGCUCUAUCUGCAGAUCAGUUCCAGACUAGAUUUUUAACCAAGACCCAAAUGUUCGAUGUGGCUUCAUUUAAAAAAGAUCGCAUCGCAAUAAUAACAGACUCGCGUUGCAAACAAUGGGCAGAUGUUUUGAAAACGGGCAAACGUAAGAAACUGUACCACCGAAUGUACACUUGGAUGGUUUUUGGGAACCGCACCGCAAUCGAAGCACUCGGAAUAGCCUUCCCGUUUGACAGCAAUGUUUACGUGGCGGAAGUCGACCGUUUCGAAGUUAACGUUUACAGACUCGUCAAAAACACCUUAUUUUCGCAACGUCACACCCAGCAACACGUUGCCAGAUGGUCCGUUCCUUAUAAAAAGUUCAUGUAUUUGGAUACCAAGAGGCCGAGAAUGAACUUGAUGGGUGAACCGCUCAGAGUGUCGUAUUCUCUGGCGUACAACUCUACCCUCCAUCAUCUGAUGGACUACAGACAAGUCGAAGAUUUCAUUCCCAGGAUGAAUUACCGAUUAAUGAACCACAUAACUUUUUACGUCAACGCGAAGCACCAGCCGAUUUUUCGAAGCGGCUGGGGCUUCUUGAAGGAGAAAACUGGAGUUUAUAGCACGGGAAUGUUUGGAGAUUUACAGCAGGGUAGGGCCGAUAUAGCCGGAAACAACGCUUUCGUGACUCACCCGAGGAUAGACCACUUCACUUUCUUGCCGGCAGGAGCGACCACCGACGACUUUUUAUACUGGAUGUUUCGCGCUCCGCCCUUAUCAUACACCGACAACAUUUGGAUACUUCCGUUCCAAAAACUUGCUUGGUACUGCCUGUGCUCGCUUCUUGUAUUGUUCCUUGCGGUAUUGACUCUGCUGUCGAGAGCCGAUGACGCAUUAUUCGGCAAUCACAUAACAUUCUCUGACGUCGCGACGAUUGUGAUUGCGGCUCUCACCCAAAGAGGUAACGCGAGGAACAUGAAAAGCGUUUCGGGGCACAUCGCGUCUUACACACUGUUCGCGUUGUGCCUAUUCGUUUACGUCGCAUAUUCGGCCCAGUUUUUUGUUUUGCUUCAAGCGUCGAGCAACAAAAUUACGGAUAUAUGGGCACUGGUCAAUUCGGGAAUGGAAUUGGGCGCCGAAGACGUGCUUUACAACAGAGACUAUUACACGCGAAAGAACGACCUAAUGAUAGAGUCGGUCCGUUCAAAUUUCUACGAUGAUAAAAUAAAAGGUCGGGAGUCGAAGUUUUUCGUCGACAAAUCGGUCGGAAUGAAAAAGGUUCAACGGGAAUCGUACGCUUUCCAAAUAUUACGCUCCACGGGCUACCAAAUAAUCGACGAAACGUUCAACGAAAUCGAGAGACGAAGUAUCCGAAUAAUAGACACGUUCCUCAGCAACAACGGCAUUUAUUUGUCUAUACCGAAAAAUUCACCCUAUUUCGACUUGUUCUCGAUCAGCUUAUUAAAAUUGGCAGAGAAUGGGAUGUGGCGAAGAGAACAUGUCAGGCUUUACCCGCCUAAACCUAUACCGGAUUAUUCCAGGAGCGUAUUCGUUAGCAUCGGACUCGAAGACAUCUCGUUCGUGUUUCUCUGUCUCAUCGUAGGCAUGGUUGCCAGCUUAGCGAUUUUUCUACUUGAGAACAUUGUGCAUUAUCAUCGAGCUUUGUGGCGGAGGAUCUUCUAAUGCGAAGUUUCAAAACCUUGAUGAAAAAUUUUUCGCUUGGAUCACUUUUAGUCUGACAAUUUGGAAGUUUUUUUGCAUUUUUAGAAUAUCGUUAGUCAGAUAUUUGCUUCGCUUGGAUAGACUUAGCGCUACACUAAAGCUGUGCAAUAAAAAUAAAUAAAUCACAA